CACGUGGACGAAGAGGAAAUAAUCAAUGAAAUGAAAGACCAACACGUCACAGGCGUCUACAAAUUUUCCAAGAUAAUAAAAGGCGAACGAACAAUUACUGGCCAAAUGGUCCUUACUUUCGAUCUAUACCGUCUCCCUGAGACAGUCGACGUUGCUUGGUAUAAGGUUAAGGUGCAACCCUACAUCCCCAGCCCAAUGAGAUGUAAAAGAUGCCAAAAAUUGGGGCAUACCAUCAAACGUUGUGAACGCAACCCGAUGUGCUUCAUCUGCAACCUUCCUCCACACGACCCAGAAGAUUGCACUAGAAUCCAAUGCGCUAACUGUGAGGAAGAACAUCCUUCCUCUGAUAAGAACUGCAUAUCGAAAGAUAUCGCCACAACAUCACCACAAAACCAAAAUUCCAAUAAUCUAGAGUCAUCCAUCAUAACAGAAGCAACCACAUUAGUGGUACCUCAAAACCAACAAAAAGAACAACCACCUAAAGAACAACCACUUAAACAACAACAACCAACAACCUCAAACAACGCCAACUUUAGCCUGGCAUCAGAAAAUCCAAAUCCAGUUGCGCUACCUAGCUCAACUAGUCAAACCAACCAAACAACAAUGUCACCAAUAUCUCUUUUUACCCAAAACCUCCUAAAAAACAAUGAUUAUUUUAUAAAAAGCGUCGAAAAUCUCGACAAUCCUACAAAUCUCUCUGCAGACGACCUUCAGCAUUAA